GGGCGCGGGCUUCGAACCACAGCAUUCUGACUUUUGAAGUGGUGGUGAACACACGCUUAGGCGAAAUUCUCUUAGCGAGUACUGACUCCCAGUAGCGCUUAGUUAGUUCGUUUGAGAUCUCCCAACCUUAGUUAUAAAAACAAUAAUCAUGCAGUCAAUGAUUAUCCUUGCCGCUUCCCUGUGCCUCGCGCACGCAUCCUACUACGCGGGCCCGCCAGCGCACAUAGCACUGAGCGCUGACGGCAAGUACGUGCUCGACACGCCCGAAGUAGCGCACGCAAAGGCCGCUCACCUCGCGGCGCACGCGCAAGCCUCCACCUCGCACGGCGCCUGGGCGCCCGCCGGCGGUGCUUACCUCGCCGGGCCCGCGUACGGCUCCGGUGGACACUAUGGUGCCCCUGCUGCUGGUCUCCACAAAUACGGCCCCGCCCCCCUCGCCCACGACGGUCGCGUCAUCGACACCCCCGAGGUCGCCCACCUAAAGGCCGCUCACAUCUCCGCUCACGCCGCGGAAGCAGCUAAGGCCGCUCACGGCGGAUACGCCGGCGUUGGCGCUGGAUACGGCGCUGGUGCUGGAUACGGAGCUGGAUACGGCGCUGGAGUCGGCGCUGGCUACGGCGCUGGCUACGCUGGCAACUACGGCAAAUGGACCGGCCCUCAAGCGCACAUCCAACUCACCCACGACGGACAGUACGUCGUAGACACGCCCGAGGUCCAACACGCGCGCGCGUCUCACUUCGCCCAGUUCGCCCAUGCCGCGCAAGCCGCCGCCUCCGCGCCCGAAGAGCCCUGGGACGCCCACAGCGCCCACGGUGCCCACGGCUGGCACUAAAUCUACCUCCGAUUCGGCCCCCGCACUGCCUGUGAAACUAUUUUUUAUACAAAAGUGAAUAAAAAACCAAAAAAAAAUGUUAAGCUGUAUAAAGUAUGACCGACGUGGAUAGCGACGCUAGAGGGAGUUUUGUACCUAACUAAUGUAAUAAAAAUCUUAUAAUGUUACAUAA